AGUCAUUUUUUCCUCUAGUCCUGAGGGGUCUCCUUCUCUAGCCUAUAUAAGGCACUGUGAGCUGCUCAGGAGUUCCACAGCUCCUGUGUGCUUCAGGAACACCGCCAACAAGCAGCAGCUCGCUCCUCUCACAAGGGAAUAAUACCUACAGCUCUCCGGCGCGCUGAGGAAACUGCUCUGAAAUAUUCAACUGGAUACAAAGUGAGAAAGAUCGAGGUUGUGUCUGGGACUUCACACACAAUCUGCUGUCUGCUGCAGUCUGAAAGUCGAAACCCUGACAGCUGAAGUGUCAGAAUGACCUGUGCUGCCAUGACCUGGAUCCCUGUCCUCUCCCUCUCCCUCCUGCUGUUGUGCGUCAGGGACUCAGCUUCCCUCUUCCUGCCCGACUCCAAUGAGCUCAGGCAGCUGCUGAGCCGCUACGAGGAGGAAGCGGACCAGAACGGCACCAACAACGCAGCUAGCAACAGGACCCGACGAGCCAUCCGCUGGUCGGACCGCGAGGAGAUCCUCCAGCUGCACAACAAGCUGAGGGGCGCCGUCUACCCCACUGCCUCAAACAUGGAGUACAUGGUUUGGGAUGAUGAGUUGGAGCGGUCCGCCACUCACUGGGCAGAGCAGUGUCAGUGGGACCAUGGACCUCAGGACCUGCUCAUGUCUAUUGGACAAAACCUGGCUGUUCACUGGGGAAGAUACCGCUCUCCUGCCUUCCAUGUCCAGGCCUGGUACGAUGAGGUGAAAGACUACACCUAUCCGUACCCCCAGGAGUGCAAUCCCUGGUGUCCAGAUCGCUGCUCCGGGCCCAUGUGCACCCAUUACACCCAGCUGGUCUGGGCAACCACUAGUCGAGUUGGCUGCGCUGUGCACGUGUGUCCAAGGAUGAACGUGUGGGGAGAAACAUGGGAGAACUCUGUUUACCUUGUGUGCAACUAUUCCCCAAAGGGCAACUGGAUCGGCGAGGCUCCAUACCAGCACGGCCGCCCUUGCUCCCAGUGCCCUCCCAGCUUUGGAGGAGGAUGUAGGAAUAACCUGUGCUACAAAGACUCGCAGCGCUCAGAGACAGAGGACAUGAACGAGGUGGAGAAACCUCAGGUUCCCCUGCCACCUCGUACCACCGCCAAACCUAAACCGUCUCCCCCGAAGAAAUCAGCAUCUAAACCCUUCAUUCCUAAGCCCACCACACACAGGACACCAUCUUCAAAGACUCCCAGCAACACCUUUCUCGCUCAGAACAUUAAGUGUGAGACUAGACUGCGAGAUAAGUGUAGAGGCAGAACCUGCAACAGAUAUAAUUGUCCUGCUAAUUGUCUAAAUAAGAAAGGGAAAGUCUGGGGAACUAUCUUUUACGAUGUGCAAUCGAGUAUUUGCCGAGCUGCUAUCCACUUUGGUGUCAUCGACAACAAUGGAGGAUUGGUUGAAGUCACAAGGAAGGACAAGUUGCCAUUCUUUGUCAGAGCUACUAAGAAUGGCAUAGAGUCCUACAGUAAAUAUAAACCCAGUAAUGCCUUUGUGGUGGCCAAAGUGGAAGAAAUAACUGCUGACUGCUACACCACAGUGGCUGAAAUCUGCCCUUACAAAAAGCCUGACUCUCACUGUCCAAGAAUCUUCUGUCCGGCAAACUGUAAGACUCAGCCUUCCUAUUGGUCACCUGUGUUUGGAAACAACAUCUACACAGAUAGCUCCAGUAUUUGUAAAGCAGCCAUCCAUGCAGGGGCAAUCAAAGCAGACGGUGGUUUUGUGGAUGUUCUGCCACUGGACAAGAGAAAGCACUAUGCUGGAGUCCUGAAAAAUGGCAUCCAGUCUGAGAGCAAGAGCAGCGCAGAGGGUGCCUCUUUUCGAAUCUUUGCUGUGAGGGAGUGAGACUUAGGAUCAGAAGUCCAGAGACCAACAGAGUCACCUCAGCUGCUCUUGAAGAGCAGGAAGUGCCCACAGGUUGGAUACCAUGGCUGUUCAUCUGUCUCUGUCUCUGUGCCUUCAGUGGAAAAAGAACAUCCCAGCAGAUUUACACGUUUCCCCUCUUUGUUAAUAAACAAUAGCCACCCAGUAAAAGUUGUCCAAUAUUUUGAAGGACUGUUAUUGUUUUUUUAACUUUUAAAUCCAAAUACAGAUCUUUUUUUCAUAUUUACCUAAUCUGUGAAUACAGAAUGUUUUUUUAUGUAUUAUGAUGCAUUGAACAGCUGGUGCUGGAAGUUUUGAGUUUGACUUGCUUUACAGAAAGUAUUAUGUUUACAUUGAUGUUCUUAUUACAAAUUCAAAUUGGUUUUCAUACACAGGAAUGUAUACUGAUCACACUGUAUUUAAUCACCGUGUACAGAAUAUAUGAUAUUUUGUUUGUUUUAAAAAUGGAGUACCAUAUAUUAACAUUUUUAUGUCUGUUCUGAUUUUACAUUUUAUUGUAUUGCCUUUUCUGCUCAUGUGAAUAAUCUUUGCUUUUUGCUCUUAAUUAUUUAGCCUGUGAUACCAAAUCUAAGUUUAAAUUGUAUUUAUAACUUAAGUGGUGUGCGCUCAUUGUGAGUGAGGAUGUUUUGUUGGCUGGGUAGACCAGAACUCAUCAGGCAUUUACAAAAGGAGAGGAAACAGUGUGGUAAAUGGAAGUGUAUGCAGGCAGCAGGCACUGCUGUAGAGAGAUUAUGUUUCCCUUUUGAAGGAUGGUCUCACUUUAGUGCCAGACAUGUGGAGGUGAUUUAGUGAAGGUGUUGCGUUGCUAAGUUUGCUAUGUAGAGUAUAGAUAGCUGGUGUAGAUGGCUCCUCACAAUGGUGGCAAUAUUGUAGAUGUAUUAAAUGACAAUCACAGACAGUAGACAUGUUAAAGAUAACAAGCAGUCAUUUGUCAUUUUAUAUUUAUUAUUGCUUAGUGCUUUCCUCAUCUCUCUUGUUUCUGUAAGAUAUACGAAAAUGAUAAAUUUGUCCCCUCCCCACCAAGGCCAGAUGAAUGUGUCACGUUUCAGGUACAGAGAGAGUCUUAUGUGUAAAAACUAGACCAUAUGUUGAGGUGUGUGUGAAUGUGUUUAAGAUUUUCAUCAUCAAAAUGCAGUUUAUGCACUUUGGAACAAUUUACACUAUGCAGUGCAGGCAGGAUACAGACACCUGUGAUAUAUACAUUAUAUCACUAUACUGGAUUAAGGCACUGUUGCCUUAAUUAAAGCAGUGUCCCAUUUUAUUGACUUUAACUUGUUAUUUUUUUUUUUAAUCCUUUUACACUUUAACUUUGGUACCUGCUGCCUGGUGUUUCUGCUGUGUUUCUUAAAAUCACAGAAAAAAAGUAUAAAGUAAGUAGUAAGUUAGCAUCCCUUAUGUGCUGAUGAGUCCAAUUUCUUUAGGACUGGGGUGUCCAAUUGUACCAUUAAAGGAGAAUUCCGGCCAAUUUUUACAUUAAUCUUGAUUGUUAUAAAUAUGCAAGUACAUUCGAUUGAAAAAAACCCGACCUGAAUCGGUCCUAGCAAACUGGAGUUGCUGCAGCUACUGUACCUUUACAAGCUUCCACUGAGCUAAAACGGCAGUUGUCGGGGGAAGUUUUAGAGUGCUUUUUUGUCUCUUAACAGACACAAAAUGCAAUUAAAAUGUCCGUGCAACAUGAAAAGGGCCCUUACGUGACAACAAGAUGCGUUUUCAACUCGAACAUUGUUUAAAUUCACCUACUGUCUUGAUCUUGCCGGUAGGUAGCUCGCCCUGUUAGCUGCCAUCCGUGAUAAGUGUGUUCAGCCAGGCUACUGUGAAAAUCAUCACGCAGCAGUUCUGUGUGUAUUUGUAGCUCAUCCAUUUUGUGUGGGAUCGAUCUGGUGUUGGUGAGUAGGAGGCUUAGCAGUGUCGAUCUGUGUGGUAGUUCCCUUAGCUGCGCUAGCAGGCCCGACUUCCAUCCUUGCUUCUCGGGGCAAUCUGCACACUGUUUACCUUUUCCUGCUACACCGGGACUUCAGCGCGAGACUACAGCUAGCCUUCUCUAAUGCUAUCACUGUGCAAGCCACAGACAUCAUUUGGCCCGUUUCCAUGUAGUUACAUAGUCACUGACAUGGUCAUAACCACUACAGUGCUCAAUUACCUAUUUUUGAGGGGGAAUAAACUUCAAGUUUUCAUCGCGAAGGCAUGACCUGUCCUCUGGAGGACAUAGCCAGACCACCGGGCACUCACUGGAUUGUUUUUGGGAGCGGGAGGCGAUGAAGGCGGGGAGAAAUCAGAAGCAAGGAUCCCAGUCGGGCCUGCUAGCGCGGCUAAGGGAACUACCACGCAGAUAGACAAUGCCAAGCCUCCUACUCACCAACACCAGAUCGAUCACACACAAAAUGGAUGAGCUA